CGCCCGCCCGGCCUUUCCAGGAAGCGCCGCCGCCGCCGCCAUGCAUUGUGGGGCAGCGGCAGCAGAUCCAAGAUGGCGGCCAGCAGGAGGCUGAUGAAGGAGCUUGAAGAAAUCCGCAAAUGUGGAAUGAAGAAUUUCCGUAAUAUCCAGGUGGACGAAGCUAACUUAUUGACUUGGCAAGGGCUUAUUGUUCCCGACAACCCUCCAUACGACAAGGGGGCGUUCAGAAUCGAAAUCAACUUUCCUGCAGAGUAUCCAUUCAAACCUCCCAAGAUUACAUUUAAAACGAAAAUCUAUCACCCUAACAUUGAUGAAAAGGGGCAGGUUUGUCUGCCGGUAAUUAGUGCUGAAAACUGGAAACCAGCCACCAAAACUGAUCAAGUAAUCCAGUCCCUCAUAGCACUGGUGAAUGACCCUCAGCCAGAGCACCCCCUUCGAGCCGACUUAGCCGAAGAAUACUCUAAGGACCGUAAAAAAUUCUGUAAGAAUGCUGAAGAGUUUACAAAGAAAUAUGGUGAAAAACGACCAGUGGACUAAAAAAACAAAACAACAACAAAACAAAACACAACAAAACAACAACAAAAAAUACACCUGACCGAGUUGAUGUCAGCAAUGUGUGAUAGAAGAGCUGAAGAAGUGCAUUUCAGACACACCCACAAAAAGCAGGACUCUAUGGAAAUUGACAAGUGUCACCUCUCGGUGUUAACUUGUGGCUGUUAAACUAAUAACUUUCUACCGUUUCUUAAUCAAAAGUGGUCUAGGUAAUCUGUAAAGAAAGGAUUAAAAAUUUAAGAUGUUCUAGUUCUGCUUUCUUUGUUUAAAAUCACUGCUUUAAUGUACUUUAAAAGAAUGCUGUUUCUUUUCUUUCUUUUCUUUCUUUUUUGUUUUCUCUCCCCAUCACAAUUUUAUCAGAAAAAAAGAAAAAAAAAGUCUUAGGCUUAUUAACUUUGCCCUUAAAAUUCAGAAGGUCGUGGCUGUUAUUUCUUAUUUUCCUUUUGCAAAUUCCCUUUUUGUUUUCCUCUUCCCAUUUCUUGGUUGCCCCUUAUCCUUCCCUCCUCCCUCCCUCCCUCCCCCACACCCCCAAGACGGAAGAAAACAAAACCACGCAUACAUAAUUUCUAAGAAAACAGAAAGACAUUUAGGGGAAAAAAUUGAGCUGUUUGUUUUCCCUGUCUUAAAACGUUGCACUGUUUCUUGCAUGUGGGUCCAAGGUGUUGUUUUUUUUUCCUUUUCUUUCUUCAACUUAAAUUUGUCACAUAACGUAACUGCC